AUGGAAAUGCAGUCUGGCAACACUGAUAUCAGCAAAGCACGUCUAUUGUGUAGCUCCUUGUCAAAGGGCAAUGGUGGACACAGCCGACAGGAAGUCAACGUGCAGCCGCCUUCAGACAAUUGUAACUGUUGUGCAAAAUGCGAGUACAGGUGCAGGAUUCAAAUUAUCAUUUCGUGUUGUGCGUGCGUUGUCAUCGUUACAAUGUGUUGGGUCACCAUUGGGUACAAUAACCACACAUGCGCAAUGACAAAGGAUAGUUUUGAUUCUAGAUUUUUCAACCUUGAACAGAAACUUUACAGACUUCAGAAAAAGUACACAGUCACAAAACUUUCACAUUUAAUGAGAGAGCGUGAUCGCAAUAUCCAUCGUCAAAACUUGGGAAGUCAUGAAAGUACAGACGAUGCUUUGAAAGAAUCACGAGUAAACGUUCCAAGUAAAAUGAACAUCGUCAAAAGAUCAGUUGACAUUUGCAAACAUGCAAAGAAGAAACAAAAGUGUCGGAAGAGACUUGAACGAAAGAGUAAGAAGAAGCGGACAGGACAAGCUUUGGUAAGACUGGUGAAUACUACUGUCCACAAGGCCUUAGGGAAAACAGUGAAGCAAGCCGUAGCAAAAGCUAUGGAAAAGCGAUCCCUGCUAUCCGUGCAUUUUGAAGGUGAUGGUAACGAACACCGACCUCGGGGUAAUGAGGCUUUUGCAGGGAGAUUCCACAAAUGGCAGUAUUCUGAAUGGGCAUAUCAGAAAGAGUUCCUGAAGGAAAAAUUUCGACUAGAUUUCAACAGCGGAUCUGUCGUUAUUGCUGACAGUGGAAUAUACAUGGUGUAUGCUCAGGUAACACUUAUGGGAGAACCAGACCAAGGCUUUCUGGUUAUUCAGGUUCAUCACAAAGGUAAUGAGGAGAAAGUUUUGACGAAAUGUAUGAUGGACUUUCAACACGAACAGGAAGUCCGACAUGAUUUACACGUGCGACAGAUGAAAAAGUAUAUCACAUGUUCAUCUGUUGGUGUGUUUAAACUAGACAGUGGUGAUAGUGUAUUUUUGAAGCAUACAGAAGAUACAAAUGUGAAAGCUGACUUUCGGGGAAAUGCCUCCUUCUUCGGAUUUGUUAAGUUAGCAGAAGCUUGAUUAUAUAUAAGGGUCAUCAUGGCAAUUGAAAAGAAAAGAAGAGGCAAUUUUUUCUUGCCCUUGAAACCCAAACGUCGUCCUACAGAAGAGGCAAGUGAUAAUACGAAACCUUUGUUCGUCAUGCACUUUUUGUGAUAUUUUGUAUGUUGUGAUAUC